AUGGCCCGUCAACGCCGUGGUGCCGCCCCCGCGCGCAGCGCUCCCACCCGCCCGACUGUUGCUCCCGCCGCCAGACCGGCCCCGGCCCAGCAGCACUCCCAGCCUCACUCGACCGCCGCCCACCCCCAGCAGCAGUCUCACCAGGCUCCUCCUCCUCAGGCCGCGGCGCCUCCCGUCCAGCAGAGCCAGGGACCCGGUCUGUUCGGCCAGAUGGCUUCCACCGCUGCCGGUGUCGCAGUCGGCUCCUCCAUCGGCCACGCCAUCGGCGGCUUCUUCGGCGGCGGCGGCUCCAGCGCCCCCGCUGAGCCCCAGCAAGCGGCCGAGGCCCCCGCCCAGGCGCAACCCAUGGACAGCUCGCUGUGGCAGAGCAACGCGGCCAACAGCUCGUGGGAGGCGCCUCCUUGCGAGGGCGACGUGCGCAACUUCCGGAAGUGCAUGGAUGAUAACCGCGGUGAUAUGACUAUCUGCGGGUGGUAUUUGGAUCAAUUGAAAGCUUGCCAGUCUGCGGCUAAGCCGUACUAAUGGCUCGACCACUAUUACUCUAUCUAAUAGACUACUACAUGUUAGACAACACAUGUUAACAUGACAAGUGUGGUUGAUGUUUUGUUUGCAUAAUGGCGUAAUCGUUCUGACUGCUAUUGAUCUUGUACUUGUUGAGAGAAGUGACUCUUGUAUAUUCUACCAUCUCGACUCUUCAUGAAAGAAUUAAGACUAUCCGCUCUAUU